AUGACAGCCACCUCAAAUCAGUAUGGUAUCAGCUCUGGCCUAAAUUUGCACAAUGAUUCCCGAAAACUCUUCCGUGAAUAUUACCUCACUUGGGGUGGCGAGGAGUCGUUGAGUUCGGAUACCGAGGAGCAAUUACCUGACUUCUUUCAUCGCGUACCACAAGAUCACGAAGUAUUGCCGCAAAAAUUGCGCGAAGAAGCUAGAGCCUCCUUGUUAGAAUCGAAGAGCCACGAUGUGCUAGAAAGUGAGGAACUACAGGCACUUUGGUUUCUGUUGGAUAAGUACCAGUCUCCCCCGGAUAUUAACGGUGAAAAGUUUAUCAGCUAUGAAAACUUUCGGAAAGCCGCUAGCGAAGCCGAUCCUAAAGCUAGGUGA